UUCCCCAGGAGACAAAGACUUAGAGCUGUUCAGAGGAGGGUCCUCAGCUGGUCUCCAUCCAGGGAAGGACAAGAUGGCGACAAACACCUCUUUCUCCAUGAAUGUGUCUGCGGGAUACCAGUCUAUACCAGCUGGCUACAUUUUCCUGGAUAUCUUCUCAUACUUGCUUUUUGCCAUCACCUUUAUUUUUGGUGUACUGGGCAAUGGGCUUGUGAUCUGGGUGGCCGGCUUCCGCAUGGCACGCACUGUCACAACCAUCUCUUACCUGAACCUGGCCAUAGCUGACUUCUGUUUCACUUCUACCCUGCCAUUCUUCAUAGCCUCCAAGGCCAUGGGAGGAAACUGGCCUUUUGGUUGGUUCCUAUGCAAAUUCAUUUUUACGAUAGUGGACAUAAACCUGUUUGGAAGUGUCUUCCUCAUUGCUCUCAUUGCCCUGGACCGCUGCAUUUGUGUCCUGCAUCCAGUCUGGGCCCAGAACCACCGCACCGUGAGCCUGGCCAGGAAGGUGAUCAUUGGACCAUGGUUUUGUGCUUUUCUCCUUACAUUGCCAGUUAUCAUUCGUGUGACCACAGUGCCUAAUAGGUUUGGGCAAAUGUCCUGCACUUUUGACUUCUCACCCUGGACAAAGGACCCCGCAGAGAAGAUGAAGGUGCGCAUUGCCAUGCUUACACUCAGAGGGAUCAUCCGCUUCAUCAUUGGUUUCAGCAUGCCCAUGUCUGUGGUCGCCAUCUGCUACGGGCUCAUAGCCACCAAAAUCUACAGGCAAGGCCUGAUCAAAUCCAGCCGUCCCCUGCGCGUCCUCUCUUUCGUUGUGGCUGCCUUUUUGCUCUGCUGGUGCCCGUAUCAGAUAGUUGCCCUCAUAGCCACGAUCAGGAUCCGUGAUUUCUCAAGUAGUAUGAGCCAAGAUCUGAGAAUCGCGGUGAAUGUGACAAGCUCUCUAGCCUUCUUCAACAGCUGCCUGAAUCCAAUGCUCUACGUCUUCAUGGGCCGGGACUUCAGAGACAGACUGAUCCAAUCUCUACCUGCCAGUCUGGAGAGGGCCCUGAGUGAGGACUCAGCCCCGACCAGUGACACAGGAACCAACUCAGGUUCACCUCCUGCAGUCAUUGCACUAUAGUCAGAUGUGGGGUGACCACUGCAGGUGGGAGAGGGUAUGCUUUUGAACUUCAACUUCCAUCUUCCUCUGCCUUGAGCUACACUCUGCCACAGGCAUUUCACGCUGAUCUUAAGGCUACCCAUUCAUCCGGAAAACCUCUCCAAGAUUUCUAUUGAUGUCUUUCUUGGAUCUUUAGACCUCAACAGUGAACAGCAGUACAGAAGAUAGAGAAGAUUGCUUGGAAUAAUCCAGAAUGAUAACUAACUGCUAUAGACAAUAAGUUAUAUGGUUAUUCCAGGGAAAUAAAGAAGGAGGGACAGUUAAGA